CCCCGUGACUAAAGUUUAUAAAAGCAAAGCAGAAAAGCUCCCUGGUGUUCAGUGCCGUAUCCGAUCCGCGCUUUCAAGCAGCAGCCAGCAGCAACCGAAGAAGCCAGCCGCAGAGCAGCAACUUGCUUUAAAUUAGAUUUCUAAUCACCCUAAAACAAACACAACAAACAAAGCAAAAUGUCUUCUGAAGUGAGCAGCGACAACCCCAUCUAUGGCCCCUUCUUCGGUGUUAUGGGCGCCGCCUCCGCCAUCAUCUUCUCGGCUCUGGGCGCUGCUUAUGGCACUGCUAAGUCUGGUACCGGUAUUGCUGCCAUGUCAGUGAUGCGUCCUGAACUGAUCAUGAAAUCCAUCAUUCCUGUGGUCAUGGCGGGUAUCAUUGCCAUUUACGGCCUGGUUGUGGCUGUGCUUAUUGCCGGCGCGCUGGAUGAGCCUUCAAAGUACACACUAUACAGAGGCUUCAUUCACUUGGGAGCCGGUCUGGCGGUGGGCUUCUCCGGCCUGGCAGCCGGUUUUGCGAUCGGAAUCGUGGGAGAUGCCGGUGUCCGUGGCACAGCACAACAGCCUAGAUUGUUUGUCGGCAUGAUCCUGAUUCUCAUCUUCGCCGAGGUGUUGGGUCUCUAUGGUCUGAUUGUGGCCAUUUACCUGUACACGAAAUAAAUCAAUCAAUGCAAACAACACACAACAACAAAUAGACAAACGGCGCGCCCAGCAAUCAAUCAAUCAACAGCCACAACAACAACAACAUCGACAUUAACAUCAGGAGCUGCAAGAGAGGAGCAGGUAAAAUUGUGUCCAACCACGAGCAACAUUCAAGAUCCAGCAGCGCGUGUGCGGUGGCAGCCCUGGCGGCGGCCGUUGUACAUAGCAAGAACGACAAGAACGAGUUGUUGGUCCUGCCGGGUGCUGCAGGAUUUCUCGCACGCGCUGGCUGAUGGCGGUGUCUCAAUUUCAACAAUUGUUCUCACUCUUGUACUCGAUGUGCUGGUGCGCGUGGUUUAGCUUAGUUAUUUUCCGUUCAAAAUCAGUCUUUUAAACACGAGGAAACAACAAUUUGCAGUUAAGUUCAUAAAGUUAUAAUAAUUAUGAUUUUCGCUAUAUAUCAAGAAAACCUUCUCCCUUUACUUAUUAUUUUUCGCUCCACAAUUUUGUGUGCUCUUUGUUAUUUGUUUUUUCCAUUAUUAUUAUUAAAUAAUGUUUAGUGUAUAUGUAAAGUUCGUUAAACAAAAAAAAGAAAAAACUGUAAAGAAAUCAACCAAUUGUCAGAAAAACUUUGUACAUUUGCAUUGAGCCUGACGCGCGGCUGCAACAAAUCAGAUCAACAAGUUUAGCGAAAAGGGCCAAAAUAACAAACAAACAAACAAGCAGCAACCACCAACUAGUAGCCACUGCUUCGCCCCUUACCAACUGGCAUAGACACCGCCUGCUCCCGUCUGGCUGUUUGGGCGCGCCUCGUCCCUUACGUUUUUCGGAGGGGCCGGAGUGGAAGCUCACCACAGCAGCGGUAGGUGGGCGGUUUUUGUGCGCGGUGGGGGCGGGUGGUGGCGGAAUGCUUGGCAAUACUUCAACGUCAUCUGCGAAAACCAACUACAUGCAAUCAUUCACACACACACACACACACA